AUGGAGAAGGAUAAAAACUUGGAUUCUGCACUUCGCCGUGGACUGGAAAACAUUCAACUCCUGCGCAACUUCCAUGCUUCAACGCGCAACGAGGAGUUAAGGGAAGCGACAUCUGAUGCAGUCAAUCGCGGGUUCCGAGAGCAGAGCUCGUGGUGGUUGUCGAAGAAUGGGGCCCCGAACUCGUCCCGGGAAUCCCUUGCCUCAUCAGGCAAGUCCGCCCGCCGGCCGGUAUCCGCCACUGCAGCCCGCCGCUUUGCAACACCUGACGAGGACGGCAUCUUGGUGUCCUCAAGCGACCCCGCCGGCAGUGAGGCUGCGAGCCGCGUGGCCGCCGCCAGGGCAAACACCGCCAGUAGCGGCGACGGUGACGGCAGCGGUGGCGGUGGCGGUGGCGAGCGAGGAUUCAACCGUGGGAGCUCCUGGCACGGAGGCCGGGCUGUUCAGACAGCCAAUUUAGGGAAGCCAAGCAACGGCGGAGGCGGAGGCGGUCGCAUGUCUUUCCGUAGCGUGGCGGAGGUGGCAAUGGGUGCCGCCGCCGCCGCCGCCGCCGUGGCAGCGGCGGAGGCGAUGCCUGCCAGCGGCGGAGACGGCGACGACGGCAACAGCGACCGCAAUCAUCACCGAAACAACAGCAACACCGCUUUUGAACGUGUCGCCUGGGCGCUGCAACGCGCGACGCGGCCCGCCUCCGCCAGCGGCGCCCUUAUGUACGACGGCGGCGGCGACGCGGCGGUGCCGAACCAUGAAUCCGCCGUACCCAUCCGGGCGCCGCGCGGCUGCCCGCGCUACACCAUCCAACUUUUCGAGACGCAGCGCCAGCUACAGCGUCGGCUCGCCAGGGAUCUCUCGUCGGGACGUUCACACGAGUCUCUACUCCUGGACUCCGAGGGGGAUGGCGACGAGGAGGUGGAGGGGGAAGAUGGGGAAGAUCUGCAAAUGGAGCGAGUCGGUGCUGCGGCGGGGGUUUCUGGCGGCGGCGGCGGCGGCGGCGCAGGAUUAGGCGGGAUUUUCCUUGGCACGGGGUUUCGCGCGCUAGCUGAUGAGGAACCCGCGAGCGAUUUGAAGAGCCUGGCGGAGGAGUCCGCCAUCGCCUCCGCCGCCGCGCGCGUCAUGGCGUCGGUUGGCGACGUUAAAUCGCCACGGGGCGAUCGCGCGUAUGUUGGCUUGAUUGGCAAUGGCUCAGCGCGCGGAGCUGGCGCCGCCAACCGUGAUCCAAGCGAGCCGCCGCCGCCGCCGGCUGCGGAGGCGGAGGUGCAGAGUUGGCAACAGGCACUCGGCUUGGCCACCGACAAAGCCGCAAAAACAAGAUCUGUACGGCGGCAGCAUUCGAACCUCUUGCGGAAGAACGCCGGCGCGAAGGCGCAGCCGGCGCGUGUGUCAUCCCCUGGAGUGUUGCUGUCAUUGAGCCGCGGCGGCGGCGGCGCUGGUGCCGACGACGGUGAUGCGGCCACUGCCGCCGUCGCCGCUGCCGCCGCCACCCCAUCAGGUCCAGGAGGGAAUCCAGUUCUGAUGCCCACACCGCCGCCUCCGGACACAAUCCCAGCUGCUGGCCUGCGACCCGGUCGAGGCCACCGUUACGUCGUACAGGGUGACUGUGCACCGUCCACGCCAAAUCGGCCAGCAGCAGCAGCAGCAGCGGCGGCGGCUCCGGAACUUCAUCCGGGGCGCAUCCGUCUGGGUUCGUCGCCUUUCCGAAGCCGCGUGGUUAUGGAAAGUACUGGAGCGCUUGCGUUGGAGGCCGCCGCGGCCGCCAGCCCGCUGGUGGCAGCGUCGGCGGCGGCGGCAGCGGCUGGCGGCGGCAGCCCUGCAGCUGGUGUUGCCGCCGUCGCCGCUGCCGCAGGGGUACGCGCCAGGCUGCGGGUGCUAUCGCAGUCUUUGGCUGAGGAGGACAGCCGCCGCGUAAGUAUGGCCAGUACGGCGGCGUUAGGCCGCUCGAUCCUCGCACCCUCGUCGCAGCGUCCCAGCUUGACGGCGGUGACGGCGUCGGCGACAAAUGCGCUGGGCACGGCAGUGGUGCCGGAGCCGGCUGUUGAGUGUAUCAACAUCGUGAGCCCGACGGCUAGCCGAAGGACCCAUUUGCGUAAUGCCUCCAGGCAAACGGAGGAGUACGACGCAGAUAUGACGACCCUCGCGGCCCGGGCUGAUUCGCCGGCUCGCGGCGGCGACGGUGUUGGCGGCGGCGGCGCCGCUGCCGCCGCUCUCAACAGCUCGCUCCGUCACCGUGAGGCGCACGAUGCGGCCCCCGACGGCAGCCACGGGCCGUCCUGCCGUACCAGCAUGUCGCCACCACGUGGCGUCCAGUUCCUCGCUGCGUCCUCCGCCGCCGCUGCCGCCGCCGCCGCGGCGACGCGUACGAUACGGCCAAAGUCUGCGAUGGUCGGCAACGCAGCCGCCUCGCCCGCCGUCGCCGCGUUGCUGCUCAGAUGCCAUCGCAGCCCAGCGCGAGUUCAACCCGCGGGGCCCGAAUCCGGGUCGGCGUCAACCUCAAACUCAACCUCCGACGCCGCCGCCGUCGCUGCCAUGGCGGCCGCGGCCACAGCCGCAAUCAAGGCGGUCCCUGCAGCGGCAUCCAGCGCCGCCGCCGUUGCCACUUCCACCGCGGCCGCGGCGGGACCUGCUGGUAACGGCACCAUCACCGCCGCUGCUACCAUAGGAACUACAGCCGCUGCAAUGCCGGCCCCAGCCAUCAUCACUACCCCUGCCGAUACUUCCCCCCGAACGAUGCUCGCAGGCAAAGGUAGCCGCAGCGGCAGUAGGAGCGGCGGCGGCGGCGGCGGCGGCGGCAGCUGCCGCUUACAUCGGAGCUCGACGCCCAUUACGGAUGACGACGUACAACAAGUCCUCAUGCGGUACAGUCAUUCACGAGGCGGUACAACGUGGGAUAGCGGCCGGCUGACGCCCACAUUCCCCCGUACGAACGCCUUUGGAGCCGGUUUCACCCACACCAAAACGGCAUAUAAAGCCUCGGGGGAUGCUUGCAGCGCCAGCUAUUGCGGCGGCGGCAGGGCCUCGCACUCCGGCGCUAACAACAGCCUUGCAGUCAUCGGCGUGCGCGUUUGCAUCAGUAGGGCGGCUUCGUCUCGCAGCGGUAACGGCAGUAGCAGCAGCGUCGGCCAUACGGACGAUACGGCGCCGCCGUCGCCGUCGCCGUCGCAGCAGUCGCUGCGGCCUAGAUCAGCGUCUCCUGCGAUCCGGCGCUAG